UGUGUAGAAUUGCGAUUUCUGAUUCAAUUCUCCCGGUCUUUUCUUGUUUCUAGUUGUUCAAUGAAUUUUCAAAAAUAAUACGCAGAAUGUAUAAAAAUCGAAAAUUCGGUAAAAAUGCAAGAUCCAUCAAAGAUACAAAUGCGUCAGGAUCUAAUGAGAACAAAAGACCCUUGGAUUCAAUAGAUGAGAAUGCAUCGGUAAAAUUCGCACGUACUUCCUUGAAUCUCGGUCUCAGUCAAAGGAAGACGCAGCCAUCAACAAGAAACGUUGUUGCAGCUGAGAUUUGCAUGCUGGGUGAUGGUGGUGGUAGUAGCGAAGAGAACAUACCAGCUUCCCAAGAGGCAACUCAACGUUACUUGUCACAGCGUAGUACGAUCGCUUCGACACUGGGUCGCACACAGUCGCGUAACACCAGUGUUCGUCCACCCAAAAGUUACUUCGAAUUGGUUUUAAUUAAAUCGGGUGUACUUUUAGACGAAGCAGACAAUUUUGUACUAUCCUGUGAUCAUAUUUCGUUUGUAAAUAAAUUUCGUGAAGUAUUCAUGAAAUGUUCAAAUUAUACCGAAAAUGUGGAUAUGUUUAAAACUGGUUUAAAUGAUGCAUUAUCGCCCAAGUGUAAAUAUAGUUUGAAAUUGUUAAGCGGUUGUACAAUCAAUGUGCCUGAAUACAAUUCAUCGUAUCAAUCACAAGAGAGUAUGAUUGUAAACUUUUUGAUGGUCGACUUUUUACAAGAUGCAGUUGUAGAAGUUUUGCUACAGAAAAUAACGGAAGCUGCAGGUCAGAGAACUCCUUUGUUUCUUGGUAAUGGCACCGUACCUUUGUUACCACUGCUUAUGGUGCAAUUGCGUUACGUAGCGCAGUCGCAUAGUUCGUUAAUAUUUGAGCGCAUUUGCACUGCAUUUAAAGAAGCGAGUGAAUCAGCUAAACAGGAUAUCAUAAUAAAUGCCGAGUUAGUUUUGGACGAAAGCAAACAUGAUGACUUCGUACAAAUGCUAUUAGAAAAUUUAACCACAAGCAAAGACUUGUUCAGCUCUAUAUCCAUUAAAUCCUUGACAAAUCUGAACUUAGGCCGGAGCAUGCAAUCUCAGCUCCGUCAGCGUAUACUAGAUUAUAUAAGAGAAAAUGAUUUUAAUAACGCGGCUUUACCGUUAUUAGUGAACUUUCUUUUGAAGGCUUUAAAUGAUAACAGUGAUGAGAAUGUCAUUGAGUUAGUUACAACAACACGUCAAAUUUUGGUAUGGCGCUUAAACACAACCAUGGAUGGCCCAACACAGCAAGAGCUUUUUACUUUUAUUGAACAAGCGCUGAUACGUUCUAAGAAAUUCUUUAGCGUUUGGCAAAAAUUGUUGGCUUCUUUGCCAGGCAGCCAAUUCAGAUGCUUGGAUUUUAUCAUACUUCUGCUACUACUACAUAUUAAAGAAGAUAAUUAUAUGUAUAUUGGUAAUAUUCUUCGUCGACACAUAAAACUGGAACAUAUAACUGUUGAUAUAUUUGUUGAAAUGAAGUCAAACUAUACAACGAUUCUAGAGCAACACACACAUAUUCUUAUGGAGUUGAUUCUUGAUUUUCUAAGAGAAAAAAAUAAUGUUGUCCGAGGUUUCGCCAUUGCAUCAUUUGGCAUAUUAUUUAAAAUAUGUGAGUCUAUUCAACGCACCAUACUCAAGAGGCUACUGAAGCUGACAUGUGACAGAUCCACCCAAAAUUUAACAACUUUAGCGUUGGAAUUACUUCGGGAAUUGCAAAGAAAGUAUCGUGCUGAAAUACAAAAUUGGGGAACUCUUCUGAUGCCUUUGUUAGACCGUCUGAGCGAUAUGUCACUUUCGCAAACCCGCUUGGCGAUGGAGUUACUUUGUUCAAUAGCAUUUCCCCCACCACCGCUUUCGGAAUGUACUGUGCUGCAAGAUCAGCUUGAUAUGAUAUUGAAAAAGCAAAUUAUAAAUCAUGCUAUACAUGUAAGAAAGCAAGGCAUCAUUGGCAGUGUACAGCUUAUCGAUUGUAUGGCGCGCAUUGAGGAUACUAUUAUAGAACAUGAUGAUUUCGACACUUCAUACUCGAACGCCAGUGCGCUGCCUGAUGGGCGAGGCAAAAUGGCAGCGAAUUUCAUAAUGCUUGUGGAAUCGGCCUGUAUACACUGUCCGGAAUCCUUAGCACUCUUCUAUGAUGAACUUGCAAGCAGCUGCAUGUGCAUGCCCAGCGAACGCGAUACAUGCACACAACUUGACAAACCGUAUUUGAUUUGGUUAUGUGAUGUUAUGACGUUUUAUUUUCAAAAUAGUUUUGUUGCCGAAGAGUCACCCAACAAAACAUUCGGUAUUGAUUUGACUUAUCAAAAAUGCAUCAAUACAAUUGACGACACAGCUAAUAUGGAGGAAAGUGAGAUACCAUCAAUUGCUAUUAACAUAGCAGAGUUGGUUUUGAAGCCGGGCACUGUUUCCGCUUCAUCGAUUCUUGUGCUUGCUCCACUCUUCAAUUUAGUGCGUUCACUACAUUUGCAACGGUAUCAAGGUAGUUUGGAGCAAAUCAAUGCAUUGCUUGGUUGCGCUAUAGUAUUGCCAUCAUUUUUCGAUGACUCCAAUAGCGAUGCAUUAUUCUAUGAUUAUGACGAACAAUUACAAAAACGUAUUUUGGAUAUAUAUUUUCAUUGUGUGAAUUGGAUGCGCGAAACGGUGAGCUCCUUUUCAACGCAACAAGAACCGAUGAUACGAUGCAAGGUGCUGCAUCGUCUAAGCGAACUAAUUGCUAUCGAAGAAAAAUUGCGUUUAUUAUUGGAUAAAGCACCAGUUGAUUAUUUACCGCCACAAGCGCAAUUUAUAACUUCGAAUGCUGCGCUUGCAAGCGAAAAGGCAGCAGGUCGCGGCAGGCCUGCUUCUUCCAGCAAAGGCGAACAGAAAGCACAUAAGGACAAAGAACUAAGCUCUGAAUCUAUAGUGUUCAAUGAUACACAUGUGGGCAAUGUAACAAACGCUGGUGAUGUUACUAAAAAAUUGGCCAACAUUGGACGCUCGAAAAGCACCGAACAUAGAAACAAGUUUGAUGUGCUAUAUAGACCGCGUGAGAAAUACAGACAAAUGGAUUCCGAUAUCAUGUUGAUACUACGCGAGAAAUUGGUAAUACAAUAUCCAUUGCCCAGCGAGCAUAUUGGCAAACAUAUUGGUUUGCUUGAAUUUCGUUUUAUUUUAUAUGAUUUGGUGUGCAAAUUAGAGUCGAUUAAUAAUGCGCAAAAGCUACAAAUUGAGCUGCCGUUACAACAUGUUGCCAAACCAGAAUUUUUCAUGUCCGAUUUAUCGAAGUUUUUACAAACGAUAUUGCAAAACAUGACAAUGCUUUCGAAAGAGAUAAACAAACAAUUGGAACUUGUUAAGCAUGUAUAUAGCAAUGGCGAUCUCUUUGCUACCGAUUUCAAUUAUGUAAAAGUUUGUUUUAAUCUAUGUGUACGCUUGUUGUCAGUUUUCUUCGCUUGGCCGCAAUUCAGUGAUGGUAAUGCCACGGAGACGCUUUUGAAAGAAUCUUUGCUUGUGCUGUUAGACGAAUCUCAGAGGAAAAGUUUGCAUAAAAAAACGGCCGCUGAUGUCGCAGCCGCAGUUUUUGAAGUAAUGCUUGCAUUUGAAAGCUCUAUGGUUGACUUGAAAACGGCAGUGUAUUUAUUUGAUUUGCUGAAAGCGCUAAAACGUUUCUCCAAUCAAUGUUCUACCAAUAAGAGUAGUGAACUAGAGCAACGUAAAACGUUAUUUGAGCGACAUGAAAAAGAUAUACGUGCUUUGUGUAAGAAAUUCUUACAGCGGAAAUGGUUUAGUUACGAGGGUAUUGCAGAGAAGGGCGCUACAUGCAAUAUAUAUUUGGACGUUUUGGUUAAAGAGUUUAUAAAGAAUUCCGAUUUCACGCGUUUGCGCAAUAUAUUAUGGGCUUUACUGGAAGAGUGUAAACAACUUAAGGGCAAGGAUAAUGCGUUGAAAUCGUUUCCGAAUUUCAAAAAAACCAAUUUUCCAUUACUCUUUCGCGCGUUGUGCGAGUCAACGGUGGCUUAUCUCGGUGAAUCGAUAAAUCAGGGUGCCACACAAAAGGCUGACAAAAUGAAGAUAUGGGAGAAGAGUUGUGAGCUUUUCAAUGUCUUGCUUGACAUCGUGAAAUCGUUAGAUGUGCCAAGAAAUUUUCAGUUAUUUUUAAAGUCUGCCCAUGUAUACCUGAAACUUUUCCUACAACAUGGCCUGCGUGUGCUUGAUCAAUUCUUUCGCGAUGAACCUGGUCGUGUUAGCGAGUUUUUAAAGAAUUUACAAACUGUCACUCGUUUUCUACAUAAUUUAUGCUGUCAUUCAAAGGCGCUUCAAAAUACAGCAAUAAUUAGCCAAAUUCCAGCACUACGUGAAACUGUUGAAACAAUAGUUUUCCGUGUAAAAGCGCUCAUGACAGCUAAUAAGUGCUCAUCUGUCUUUUCUAUGGGAAAUCUGAAGAAUAAAGAUCUUCAUGGCGAUGUUAUCUUGUCACAGAGUUACAGUGCAAGAGAACACGAUAGCGAAGAAGACAUACCGGACGAUGAUGAUAGUGUUGACGAGACGGUAUUAGACGAAGAUGAAACAGCUAAUACAAGAGAGAGUGUAGCUUCUACCAGCACCAAUAAUCGUAGUAAAUCUUCGUCGCGAAGUAAAUGCUUCUAAACGCUGGCCUCGGUGUCAUUGUGAAAUUCGAGAACUUAUAUUUUGUAGUUGUAAUAUUGUUUUUUUUUUUUAUAUAUGUAUUUUUUUUUGUUAAAUUCGCGUCAUGUACUUACGAUUGCAUACCACGUUGCUCGGCUCGGCGCCGGUACUAAAUCGCAUAUCGCGUAUUGCAGAACAUUUUUUUGUUAUAAAUAUUAUCUCAAUUUUAUGUGCGUAUAUGUUAUUUUCGUUAAGGGUUUCUAGAAAAGAGAUACAAAAAGGUUUAUUCAAAAUUUAAAAUUUUUUAACCCACCUAACUAAAAUGUAUUAAUUUGUGUUUUGUUGUUUUUUAUCGUAAUUUUUAUGGGUUAAAAAAGAAUAACUAAAAAUUUCACAUUCAAAGGAAUUAAUUUUUAAAACUUCAAGAGAUUCAUGAAAUUCUGUACUUCAAAUCGGUAUUUUCAUUUACAAUUCUUGUUAUUUAGUCUUUCUAUGCGGUUUAUAACCAAACGCCGAGUCUUCUGAUAAGCAAAUACAAAAUAGUGUUAUGUACUCGUCUUUUAGUCUGUACUUCCUUUGUUGCAAUACGAGUAUCAGUCAUCACUGCAAAGUGGCAUUGGAAUCUAUAGAAAUGCUGUGGUACUUAUUUAAUGUAAAAUACUUUGAAAGUAUGUAUAUUUUUUAUUUAUUU